AUGGAGAAUCACAGUUCUCCGGUUCGUAAAGAGCCCCGCUCACGUUACAAAAAAAGAAACUACAGACACUUUAAGUUAGCUCUCGUCUUAAUGGCAAUUUUAUCACUUUCUAUAUUUAUUAUCAACUUGUUUUUCUACGAACACUUUGACGAUUCAUGGUACAACUGCCAUCCUGCAGACUUCACCAGUCGCCAAUUAAAGAAGGGGCCUGGAGGCGGUGAUGUGCUUGAGCUCCGACCACGCUGUGGUGAUCCUCCACUGCGGCUCUACAAGCUUCACGAAUUCUGCGCCGCAUACGCCCCAGAGCUGCAGAAUGCUACCUGGGCUGACGAGAGUGUGAAACGCUUUCGCUCUGCUCCUGGAGACAAUGAUGCUGGGCUACCCUCCUAUCCCUUUCUUCCACGACCUGUAUGCUUUCGCAACAGCAAGCUCUUCUACGAUGGAACAGACCUAGGAAGACGUCCGCUUCCAAAGACUAUUCGCAUUAACUUGGACUGGGCGAAUCUAACGGAGGACGUCUUUAAUCAACUGCAGCGGGACGCAUCCCUUGAGAAAGUGGUGGUGGUACCUGCGAUUGGUCUUGUUCCGUUAGGUGAGUUUAUGGUGGGUCAACUAUAUCAUAUUAUGAACGAUUUGGUUGCGCCGCUAAUGACUCUCAUGACGAGGGGAGGGAACACAACGGUACCACAGUUGUUUACCGAGCUGGCGAAGUCGCCUACACAGAUAUUUACAAUGCCUCACAAGGACUUGAUGUGGCCGCGGGCACGCAAGGAGUAUGCGGUGCCGCAAACGAAGCAUUUUAUGGGUGCUUUCUCCUAUCCCACGGCACCGUCACGCUACUUUUUUGAUGGUGCUCCCAUUCUGCAUGAAAAUACUCUCUACUGUACCUGCCAGGGGAUGUUAGUUGGCAACACGGGAGUGGAGGAACCCCAACAACGUCGAUACGCCGCGCUACGCCUUGCUGCCGAUCUGAUACUGCGGUAUAUGAAUGAGACGCCGUACGAGUCGGCAGAGGAGACUGGUGUGGCGGAGGAUGUAGAUGGUGUGCCCGUGCCUGUCCUGCGCCGCUUCAGCCACAUGCCGCACAUUGCCCGGCGCUUCUGGACGACGGAGGUAGAUGUGGUGCAACGCCGCGGGGUGGCGGGUAGCCGUACGGCGACAGUGCCGGUCUACCGCCCCCGGCUUCUGCUUAUCACCCGCAAGCGGAGGAGGGUGCACAACUCUGAGGAACUGGCCGCAAUGGCGGAGCGUCUCGGGUUCAACGUGCAGGUGGUGGAUAUGGAGACGAUGUCGCUGGAGGAGCAGUUCCACGUGGCUCGGCACGCCGACGUGGUGAUGGGCAUGCAUGGCAUGGGUCUGACGCACGUCCUGUGGAUGGAUGGACGCCAACGGAGUAAUUGUCGCACGUUAAUUGAGCUAAUGCCAUUCGGGUGUCCCCAGAAACUAAUACACUUUUACAGUACGUUUUCAAAAGCAGUUAACAUUCACUACGAAUACGUGGAGGCCGUCGACAUGUACCUUGAUGGCCUUAAUAAGGGUGGCAACGCAAGCGAAUUAGAAAAGGAGGAGUUUCUCCAAGUGAAAAAACGCAUGAUAUCAUGCGGGUUUCGCUGGCGAUACAAAGGUUUCGCCGAUCAAAUUGCUGUUUACAAUGUGUCUGAUGUAGAACAACAACUUGUAGCAGCACGCGAACGCCUAAGAAUGUGCGGUAUUUCUUAG